AUGAAUUAAAGAACUCCAGAGAAAAAGCAAAAGUCCUUACUACUUCCAUAAGCGCCGAAGAAAAGAAAGAACUGCACUUUUAGUUUUAAUGAUUAGGAUUUAAAUCCAAUUAAGAAACAAUUUUUAUUUUUAGAAAAUGAUUAAGCGGAGAACAAAAUCAAUUUUUCCCUUUGA